ACAGGUUGCUUCCGUGGAGUGGCGGCCACACGCGCCCCGCCGCCCUGGCCACUAUUGUGUAGUGCAGUGAUGGACAGUGACUGACGGGUGCGGGGGAACCACCGCUGGUGUGUGUGACACCCACCACCAGUGUGAGAACCACCACUGGUGUGAGAGAGCCACCACUGGUGCGUGUGAACCACCGCUACCUCUGGAAGACAUCCCUACAACGCACCUCUCCCACAAUAAUUGAAUUAAAACAAAAAAUAUAAGGACGCUGCCUCACCCCCACAAGGUGGUCAUCUCAGGUAACCACGAGGUGCUGCUGGACCAGGUGGCCUGCUACACCCACAAGGCGGCCGACCCGCUCACCGUCCUCAGGAACGCCACCUACCUCCAGGACAGCUCCGUCACCAUCUACGGUAUCAAGAUCUACGGUGCACCAUGGACGCCGGAGUACCACGUGAUGGCCUUCAACUUACCGCGGGGGAAGUCUCUGCAGCACAAGUGGCAAAUAAUCCCUACGGAUACUGACAUUCUGAUGACCCACGAGCCGCCGCUGGGGCACGGGGACCUCACCUGGAGGGAACAGAGGGUCGGCUGUGUGGACCUCCUCGCCGCCGUCCAGACCAGGAUCAAGCCUGCCUACCAUGUCUUCGGUCACAUCCACGAGGGAUACGGGAUGACGACAGACGGAACUACGGUGUUCGUGAAUGCAUCCACCUGUGACGUCACUUACGAACCCGUCAAUCCUCCAGUGGUCUUCGACAUGCCACUGCCUGAAGGCUACACUAAGCUUCGCCGUGAUAGUGUUUCUUCCGCGACCUGAAUAUGCCUAAUGAUCAUACUAAUUCUUAAGUAUGGGUGUAAAUAAGUAUUUUAUUAUUUGUGUAAAAGUUGUUUUACUCGGUGUUUGAAUGACGCAUAUAGAUGCAGUAACCCUUGUGUAUGAUACAUUGACAUCAAGACCCUUACGUAUGAGUAUCAUACACAGACACAGGACAGCAUCCAAUAUACAGAUGGUCAGCGGUAUGACUUUCUGGCCAGGUGUAUUGGACAAUAAUUAUAUAAGUUUGACGAAGGAAAAUAACGAGUAAAGAGAAAGCAGGUUUUGGCUAUAUAUUUCUAACCGCCAGCCUCUCAGUACGUUAGGCUACAGUACACAUUGCAAGUUACUUUUUAAGAAUUAUACAGAAUUCGAACUGGAAUUUAAGGGAUCACGAACACUCGAUAAAACUCCUCCAUGCUUUAUAAAAAAAAAAAAGAGGUUUAAAACUCAAAAAUUAAAUGUGUUUUUUCUGGAUAUACAAGUUGAAACAAAAUUUCAUUUUUAUAGGAAAACUAUAUGCAAUACUAAUUAAUUUUUGUGUAUUACUCCUACAUUCAUACUCGUGUCGAUCCGCAUUCUGAGUUUGGUUACAGCUCUGUGUAACAUUCGUCCAUCGAUUUUCUGCAUUAAUUUAUAAUUGUCUGUUUCAAAUUGUGAAGCGUGCGAUGUAAGGAGACAUGGACCACUGAUGUUUAAAUGAUUCCAACCAAGAAAGCAAAUGAAUUUUAAUGUGAUGUUUAAUUUACAGUUUUUGCUCACCCUUAUGAGAAGAGACUUUUCUUACACCCUGUAUAAAAAGUACGGUCAGGCACCCUAAUUCACACUUUACUUAAAGCUGCUUGACUGAGGAUAAUGACAACAUUGUUCCAAUUGUCCCAGAUUCAUUCAAACACAAGCUCGAAAAUAUCUUGGAUCACAGUUCAAAUCCAUCAUAAUGCUAAAAAUUAAUUUACUUGUUGAAAAAUAGUGAGGAUUAGUUUGACACUACACAUUGAACAGUAUUUUGUGGCUAUAUUAAACCAGACAUAGACUGAUUACUUCACUGUGUGAAUCAAGAGGACUUUCGGUGGCUGGGUUUACAAAAUUUCCAGUGUGUUCCAACUGCACUCAGCAGUCCUGGAAAUAAUUAUAAAAUGAAACCAUGACAAUCGUUCUCGGACACAAAGAAUGCCCAGACUUCGAAUCUAAGACAAGAACUUAGUCUUCCAAAUGUAAAAAAUAGUACUAUGAGUGCCAAGCAUGCUAUUAAGACUGUCAGAGACUCUUAUUGUAAUUAUGGUACUACUAAAAUUUUGAUCUAUGUGUUAUACAUAGCAGGAUAAAGGAACGGCACAAAGAGGCAAGGAAUCGAGUAGUAUGUAAAGUUCUAAAAAUUCCACUUGCUUGAGCAAACCCAAGAGUCCACUUCCGUGGGAACCUGGUAUAUAGACUUAUAAGAAGAGUCAUGUAAUACUGAAAUCAACGAGAUAAAAAUUCCAAAAAUGUUCACACAAUAAAUGAGAUAUAGGUCUUGAAUUCAGUAAUGAGGCAGUAAAUAAUUAAGCAAAAUACACACUGAAGGCUAUGCUAAUCAUAUUAAUGAAAGGGCUGGAUCUGCGUACAGAGUUAUUAUAAAUAAUGUCUUGCAUUAUGAAAAUGUGAUAAACGUACGAAUUGAGAAACAUAUCUCUUCAGGCACUAAGAUAUUUAAACGAAAGCACAAAUCGAAGCAGUGACUUACUGACUCAAACCCUAUUCACCUUGUGUACCCUAAAUUAGACUCAUCAGAGUUUUUGACACUGUAAAGCGUCUCCAUACCUAGUACUGCCGACUUGCUUGCUACAACAACCUGUAGCUGGCCAAGAGUAUAACUUACUCUAAGUAUUCCGUGACCAGUACAAACAAUGACACAAAUGUUAAUGAAAGUCUUACCCACCUUACAAACACAAUAACGGACCAGAAAGCAUUAGUAUUAAACACUAGUGAGCACCGCUAGGAAACACGUGUAUAUGGAACUAACUAAACAAGUAUUCCAGACCAUUAUUUAUACAUAUCUGCUUAACCAAACGAACACGGGUUUAGUGCCUGACCCCCACAGAGUGACUGUACACGUUCCUCCGCCGCCCACUGGAUGGGUGUGGCCUCCUCCAUGUUAUACAUACAUGAAGCCCACAUGGGAAUACUUAAACACUGAUUUGAAAUGCUAACCUUCAAUAAAAUUGAGGUCCAAUUUCUGAAUCAUUUGACUCUCUUGUUACAGCACUCUGGAUGGGUGCGGGUCUUUAUAAAAAUUAAACUAAUUGAAACUGUAAACAGACUGUUUAUGUAAAUGUUAGUAAACUCUGUAAUUAGUUUAUCAAUGCUGUGAUUUGCUUAGCCAAGCGAAUAUUGGGGUUCAGUUCCUGAGCCCAUGAUGUGCCUCUGUAACCUUUCCACCACCGCCCACAGGAUGGGUAUGGGGUGCAUAAUAAAAGCUAAACAACAGCAAUGUUAUGUUGUGUUUUCUUCUACCACAGACGUGACCAUACAUUUACACAAUGCAAACCAGAGUGUAUAACUUUCGUCUGUCCUACAGAAACAGUGUUAGAGAGCUGCUUCAGCACAUUUUGAGUUACUAAGCAUUCGAUCACAGGAGGUUGUAGUCCUAUGGCACCGGGUUUGAUUUCCGGCUGAGGCAGAAACCAAUGAGCAAAGGUUCACUCCCUUGGUGCCUUUGUUCCCCUAACAAUAAAUAGGUACCUAGGAGUUAAACAGCUGCUACGGGAUGAG